ACACUUUCUGGCGAAUACACUCGUAAUUUACUGUCAAAGGAAGUACAUUCACUGUUGACUGUGAACACCUUACCCACUUUACAACACUUCCAUCUCACGUGAGAUAUUUCGACGUGAAUAUUCUCUUUAGCGAAUCGUCACUAGCAACAAAUCCAAGUGUGCUUUGCUCCGUGAAUUCACGAUUCCGUCUCGUUGAUCCGUACCCGAUUGAUUCAUCCCUCGUUUGCUCGAACUAGUGAUCAACAUGAAGCAAUCGACUGCCAUUCUUCCACACUGUUCCGUUGUCCUGGUCCUCCUUCUUAGCACUGUGAAUAUAUUCGGUACCGUUGUCGUUGCUUGGAACUCGGCGAUGGUUGCCUAUAGGUAUAACGCCAAUCAGUGUCAUCAUCAGUUGAGUGGCUUGCCGUCGUUGACGCGUUUGCCGUUAACGCCAUUACGCGCGGCGAGCGCCAACUGCGCGGCACCGACAAUGGGAGCAGUCGGAUCGCAAACAGCUCUACGGAUGCUGCGUUCCUCCAACGAUGACGACGGCAGUGACAACGACGACUUUGCGGAAAAUGAGGGGGAAUCUCCGCUUUCUCCGGUACCACAGAAUCGUCACAACACUCGGCAUCUGCCAGAAGAGAGUGAAAUACUUGGCGACGAAGAGGACGCUUCACCGUCUUCACAGACGCUGGAAUCUCUCCAGCGAAACAUCACGGCUACCGUCGACCAAAAGAUUCGGGUCGCACAAGCACAAGCCGAAAUCGAUAGGAUUCUAAAGGGCCCCGAUGCCCCUUUUGACACGGAAACUGAACUGAAAAAGGUCAAGAGUAUCGCUCCGCCUGUAGCGGAAAGUCUAUUGGCACAAGAAUUAGACGAAAAGGCAUCGCAAAUGGAGCAAGACUUGUAUCAAGCCGUCAAACAGCAAGACUACGGUAAAGCGGCUACGCUCAAACAAGAAAUAUCACAGGCUCACAUUGACGAUUGUGGUGCCGUCUUGCAGGUAAAUGCAGCCUUCUACCGCGCCUUUUCGGAAAAAAACUUGGGCGCCAUGGAAGCUCUCUGGUUACACGAUGGCACCUCCACGUGCAUUCAUCCCUCACACAAACCCUUGGUCGGAUCCAAGGCCGUCCUGCACAGCUGGAAACGAAUGUUCCGGUCCUCCGACGGCAGCUUUCAACGUAACUGGAUGGAACCGCACGACAUUCGUUUGACCGUCAAGGGAGCUUCGACCGCAAUUGUUACCUGUGAUGAACACGUGUACGCACGCCGUUUCGUACGCGGACAGAAACGACAAACAGAACUUAUCAACAAACUCACCGCGACCAACAUCUUUCGAAAGGUCAAUGGGAGAUGGAUGUUGACCUAUCAUCAUGCAUCCUGGCAUGCCGAUUCUGAAGCCGCCAAGAAUGCCUUGCGAGGGGGUGGCGCUGGCGGAGCGACUUUGCGCAGUGGGAAUUCAAAAGCACGCAAGUCUGCGCGAUCGUCACGCAGCAACCAAGAGGACGACAACGAUGAUGACGCCAGUAUUGGUAUGGAUGGAAUUUUGGGGAUGAAUGAUUUUGGCCCCUUGCUCGGGUCCUCACACGACAAGAAAGGGGAGGGUGAUAAGAAGCCCGUCAAGCGUAUCGUCAUGGGAAGCUUAUCAGACAUUUUCAACGGAAACUUAGGGGAUAUUCUCGGGAACGACGAGAGUAACGACGGUAAUGGUGACGAUGCCAACAAUGAGAGUGGAGCAAUCAUUCGAUUCAGUCGCAUCGACGAGGACGAUGAUGAUGAAGACGAUGAUGACGACGAUGAUGAGGAGGAGGAUGAGGAAGGCAGCGAAACCGUUUCCAUUAUUAAAAAAUGGGGAGAUUCGACCGAAACGGAAGGGUCAGGGUCGUCCAACAAAGGCAGCAACGGCGAAGGGUCAGAGCCUAAGGACGCGCUACGGCAAAAUUGCAUCACGGCACUCCGUAAAUUGUGUGAUCAGGGAUCCAUCUCGCCAAAACAGAAGCGUGUUCUCCUAACGGACAUCAUUACGUGCUCGGCUAAGGGAGAAUUUAGCAUGGUAGAAGUUGCUUACGAAUUACUGUGUGGUGAAGGUGAGGAUAAGGAAGUAGCCGAGGAAGAGUUUGCCGACCAGUGUCGAGUAUUUGCGCACUCGUUACCGGAAAGUCCAGUUCAACAAUCAUGAAACGUGAUGCGUUUCAAGCCAACUUUCGGCUAUCAAUCGCCACUCGGCAACCUUGUACACUUGAUUGCUUUUAAGCUUUGGCAAAGACGUUGCCGCUUUUUUUGGUUUUUGAGAAGUGAAAACCGGCAAAAGCAUGGAUAGUACUAAUUGCAAUUUUUCUUCCGUGA